CGGACGAGUUGUUGGAGCCCAUCGCGCAGCCGCCGCCCCUCGAGCGGCAGCAUCUUGAUCUUCGCCGGAUGGAGCAAAACGUGGAGAGAUAUGAAGUUCCGCAGGUUGCCCUUGCCAUUCUUCGAGAGCUGCAUAUUCGCGCACUACCAGUCACCCUCGAUCCUGCUGGAGGCUGGAGCCCCAUGUGUCGGCUUGGCGCCUUACCAGGGCUCACUUCCCGAGUUCGAAGACGAUCGCCCGUGGCCCAUCUACGCAGCGCCGAAUAUGUUUAGGGGCCCUUCUAUUAUCCACAGUACCGAGGCGCUCUGGCUCCUUUUUGGGAGAUACUUGGCAAAUUGUUCGCUCUAUAUCACCAAAGGCAUAGGAAACUGGGAAUACGCCGGCGUAUACGCAUAUCACUUCACAUAUGAGCUUGUUGAAUGCUCACCACGACCUGAGUGGUGGGUCGAGAACUUCUUCCAUAUUCCCGGUCACGAGUUUCCACAUCUUUUCCUCACCAUCGCCCACGAUCUACUCGGCAACGAUCAGUGUCUCUUGCGAGCUGAACUGCUCGCCAUAAGUAGAUUUAUGGUUGACCGACUCGAGUCGGAUGACUUUCGUGGGCACCAGAAAGCCCCAAUUUUGCUGAUCUCGUUCGCGCUGUGUACUUCCUCAUGGGGCUCAGCGGGCCCUUCUUGUCCACCCAGGAGUGGACCAUGGAGAGGAAGAAAUUGUGGCGGUGUUUGGUCCCAGCCGGCUACACGGCGGUGACGGAUGGGGCCCUGGAGGACGAGCGCCUCGGCAUCGUGUAUGCGAUCGUCGAGACCAAGAAGA